AUUUCCUCCAUUAACCAUUUCAAGUUACUCGCAUCUUCUUCACUCGAGAGAAGUUAGAGAAAAAGGGGUUUCAAGGGAACGGGGCUUGAGAGCAAUGGCAGAUGAUGCAAGUGCCAAGGCCGAGAGGGAGCGGAUAUUCAAGCGGUUCGACGCCAACGGCGACGGCAAGAUCUCGUCCGCCGAGCUAGGGGACGCGCUCAAGACCCUCGGCUCCGUCACCGGGGACGAGGUCAAGCGCAUGAUGGCCGAGAUCGACACCGACGGCGACGGCUUCAUUUCUUACCAGGAGUUCACCGACUUCGCGCUCGCCAACCCGGGCUUGAUGAAGGACGUCGCCAAGAUCUUCUAAUGGUCUCGCGACAUUAAGAUGGACCAAUUUUCUAUCAUAACCACAUAUUUUGAGGAACUUCAGCAUAAUCAUAUCCACCAUUCAUCACGUUUACGUUGGCUGAAAGUUCCUUGCUAUUGUUGUUAGGCAAACAAAAUCAAGUAAAUGCAUUUAUCUCCUGUUUUUCCCUUCUGGGUCUGCAUUCUUAUUGGUCAAUCAGUUAGUGUAUGCUAAUCGAUGACUCUUCUUUA